UGCGCCUGAGGCCCAGAAGGGGUAGCAGGCCAUGGCGGCGGCGACUGCGGCUGUGGCGGGUUGGCUGGGCUGGGUGCUUGCCGCGCUCUGUCUGGGCAGCACCGCGGGGGAGGCGGCGCCGGGAGCGGGACUGCUGGGCUUCUGCAUGGAGGAGGACAGCGCGCCGGGCGCAGGCUCACUGCGCGGAAGGGCAGCGCCGGAGGCCACUCUCUGCUUGCGACUCUUCUGCUCGGGCUUAGCCAACAGUUCCUGGACCUGGGUGGCCCCGGAGGGCGCAGGCUGCCCCGAGGGCGGGCGGGCUACCGAGCCCGACGAGGCGGCCGCCCCCACGGGCGAGUGGCGUGCGCUGCUGCGCCUCGCCCUGGGCGCGCUGCUACUGCUGGCCAGCUUGGCGCAGGCGGCCCUGGCGGUGCUGCUGUACCGAGCGGCCGGCCAGCGAGCGUUGCCCGCCGUGCUGGGUUGCGCUGGGCUGGUGUUCCUGGUGGGCGAGGUGCUGCCGGUCGCCGUGAGCGGGCGCUGGGCGCUGGCGCUGGCGCCGCGCGCGCUGGGCCUCAGCCGCCUGGCGGUGCUGCUCACCUUGCCCGUGGCGCUGCCAGUGGGGCAGCUGCUGGAGCUGGCAGCUCGUCCGGGGCGUCUCCGGGAGCGCGUGCUGGAGCUGGCGCGCGGCGGCGGCGACCCCUACAGCGAUCUCAGCAAGGGCGUGCUGCGCUACCGGACCGUGGAGGACGUGCUCACGCCCCUCGAAGACUGCUUUAUGUUGGACUCCAGCGCUGUCCUGGACUUCGGCGUCCUCGCCAGUAUCAUGCAGAGCGGCCACACGCGCAUCCCGGUGUACGAGGAGGAGCGCUCCAACAUCGUGGACAUACUGUAUCUCAAGGACUUGGCCUUCGUGGACCCCGAGGACUGCACACCGCUCAGCACCAUCACCCGUUUCUACAACCAUCCCCUCCACUUUGUCUUCAACGACACCAAAUUGGACGCUGUCCUGGAGGAGUUCAAGCGAGGUAAGGGGAUGGUGGGCAUCGUGCAGAAGGUGAACAAUGAAGGGGAGGGCGACCCCUUCUACGAGGUGCUGGGCUUGGUCACGCUGGAGGACGUCAUUGAGGAGAUCAUCAGGUCUGAGAUCCUGGACGAGUCUGAAGACUACCACACCAAGGUGAAGAAGAGAACUGUUGCCCUGAGCACCCCUCUUAAGCGGAAGGAGGAAUUCUCCUUAUUCAAGGUGUCUGAUGAUGAAUAUAAAGUAAAAAUCUCGCCUCAGCUGCUCCUGGCCACCCAGCGCUUCCUUUCCCGAGAGGUGGAUGUGUUCAGCCCAUUGCGAAUCUCCGAGAAAGUCUUGCUGCAUCUGCUGAAGCAUCCCAGUGUCAAUCAGGAGGUGAGGUUUGAUGAGAACAACCGCCUGGCCGCACACCAUUACUUGUACCAGCGCAGCCAGCCGGUGGACUACUUCAUUCUCAUCUUACAGGGCAAGGUCGAGGUGGAAAUUGGGAAAGAGGGCCUGAAGUUUGAGAAUGGGGCCUUCACAUACUAUGGAGUGUCUGCUCUGACAGCUCCGUCUUCAGCUCACCAGUCCCCAGUGUCUUCACGCCAGCUCAUCCGCCAUGACCUGCAGCCUGAACCAACUGAGAGCACUCGCUCCUCCACAUACUGUCCCGACUACACCGUGAGGGCUCUUUCUGACCUGCAGCUCAUUAAGGUCACACGGCUGCAGUACCUUAAUGCACUCCUGGCUUCCCGAGCCCAAAGCUUGCCUCCGUCCCCAGAGAAUGCUGAGCUCCACGCCAUCCCAGGCAGCCAGACCAGGCUCCUUGGUGAUAAGUCCACUGAGACAGCAGGGUCCAGCAACAACAGACCUGGCAUCCCAGUGGAGGAGAGCCCUGGGCAGAACCCAGCAGUGUAACUGCUUGUCAGGCAGCCCUGAGCUGGAAAUGGACGAGCGUGUGGGGAGCUGGGGGAGAGUCAAUCAGGAGCUUCAUGCCAGCCUGUCUCCACCUAUUCUGGCCACGUUUUAGAUGGCCAUUAUAAGAUGUGGGUCCUGGGCCUUCAGCUGACCCUGCCUUCCCUUAGGAGAUUGGAUUGGCAGGUCAGUCCUUCAGAAGCCUGUGUCUGGGGAUGGAAGGAACAGCAUCAUCUCUAGUCCCCAGCUUCUCCCCUGAUGCUGUAACAGCACAGUGUCUAUACCUCCCUGAGCUAGGUGCCAUGUGAGUGCACAGUUACUGCCUUUCCAUGGCCUUGGCCUUUCUUUGUUUUUGGUUGGCCAACCCUCUGUUGCUGGCAUCACUCUGUGAGCAAACCAAGAGUGCCGGCUUUAGAUGGAGAUUAGAAUCUAUGGCCCUGUCAUGUACUUUUUGGCUUCCCUUACAAUGCCAUAUUUUGAUUCAUACACUCCAGUUUUUUCCAUGUGCCAAAUCUAAGAGCACGGUUCCCCCAAUAAAUAUGUGCCCUAGUUUGCUCCCUCCUGUGGAGGUGGCUUCUCUGACUCCUUCUGAAGUCAUAAGCAGGCUGGCCCAGUUACACAGUAGGAAGCCUGCCCAGCAUGGCCCGGGGUCAGCUUGCAUUUCUCCUCCACCUGUGUGUAGUUUCUGUUUGAGGUCAUGGGUGGAAGGCUAAAAGUCAGUGUUGAGUGACCGCUUAUUGUACCUGCCUUGUACUUCUGUCCUAAGCCCAGGAGAUAUGCCGCUGUACCGUGUGGUGAGCAGCAGUCAGGGAGGACUGUCUACAAACCCAAUUCCUCCUUGUCACCUGCUGAGAAGUCAAGGUUUUCUGUUUCCAGCGGUGGUGUUUUGGGGAUGCAGGGGUGGGAAAGCUCUGUUUUUCUCUUCUAGUUUACCUACAUUUUCCUUCAACAGUUUCAGCUCUGGGACCAUAGGUUGGGGUGGGAAGGGAGAUUUCUGGAACUUUCCUCAAAAGAAUGUGGGUCCUGGUAAGUGAGACGUGCAGGCCAAGGGAACGGUGGUAUGCUGAGGAAAUAUUCUCAAGGAAUAUGCUCUGAGAACAAACUCAGGUGGGAAGCAAAUACUUAAAUCAUCUCUCCCCAGAACAGAAUUUUGCAUUUUGGCUACACCUCAGAAUCACCUGGCCAAUUAGAACCUUCAAUAGCUGGGCCCUGCUGGGCUUCUGAGGUAGUCACCUUGAACACCAGGGUUAUGGGACUGAAAUAGUGUUAGAUGCAUAGAAGAGUUCCACGUGCCCUGUACUCAGCUUCCUCUACUAUUAACGUAUUAAAUAACCUUGUUACAUUUAUCAAAAUUAAAAUGCUAACAUUGGUGCCAUACUAUUUAACUGGAGACUUGAUUUGGGUGUUACUUUUUUUUUUUUUGGUAAUAUCCUUUUCUGUUGCAGGAUUCCAAGGUAGGAUGCCAAAAUUCACUUAGAGCUAUUGUUUUCCUAUUUACCUGACUCUGUAUUUUAUAGUACGUGCAGAUUCAUAGGGAGUUACAAAGAUACGGUCCAUUCACCCUUUAUCUGCUUUUCCUCAGUGGUUAUCUGCUUUUCCUCAGUGGUCCUAUCUCACAAACUAGAAAGUAGUCUCAAAGCCUGGAUUGGUGCAGAUGGUACCUGGCACCUGUGUAGACCCAAGUCUAACCUACUGUCCUGCCACUACCAGGGUACCCCCUGGACUGCCACUCAGAGCCAGCGGCCCCAUCCCUAAGCCCUGGCAACCAUUCUUAGACUGUUCUCAUCUGUUAUUUUGUCAUUUCAAGAAUGUUUCAGGAUUGUGCAGUGUGUGGCACUCAGCACAGUGCCCUGGGGAUUGACCCAGCUCAUUGUGUCUGUAGUUGGUUCCCUUUCUUGCCAAGUGGUGUUCCAUGGUGUCUUGCCCCAUCAGAGGACAUCUGGGUUGUUUCCAGUGUUUGCCCUUCUCUAAAUAAAGCUGCUAUGAACAUUCAUGUACAGAGUUUGGUGUGAAGAUUGGUGUUGACUCUGGGGAAGUGCUAGGAGUACAGUUGCUAGGUUGUUUAUCUUUUAAAAAGAAACUUUCAGGCCUUUGGCUGUAGCUGUGUACAACCUUCAAUUCCUACAUAAAGUAUAGGAAGGAUCCAGUUUCUCAAAUCCUCCAGAUGGUCAUUGUUUUUUUACUUCAGCUAUAAG